AUGGUACCAAAAGUGAUGUACUUAGUCAUUCUAUUUGUCAUUGUUACGAGUAAAUAUUCAACACCGUCGCAGUACCCGCAACGUAUUAUUCUCAAUUUCAGUCCACAUCAACUUCCGGGGUGGUCGAAGAAUUCGACCGACUAUUUAAACACGUAUUUAGAAGCGUACUCAGUACUUAAGAUCUCCCUUAAUCGUUUAAACCCAAAGGCGGAGGCUGUCAUUUGCUAUCCCGAGUUUUACGCUGACAUUCGGAUCAGUGACACACAAACCUUUUUAAAUCUUGUGCAACGCCUUGAAGUGCCGAGCGUCAUCAUCACAACGUUGUCGACGUCGAGUGACAUUCUUUCACUGAUUCAGACGUACCAUAAGAAGUUAUCGAAUUAUCAAGUCGCUCUUUCUUUUGCACAAACACAGAGCGGGAAGUGCUUUGGACGAGCAAAUCAAAGUGUUGCUGACGACUUAAUGAAGGGAUUGGAACAAAUGAGUCUAGACGAGGAGUUCAAUACAUUCAAAGGCAUCGCCGCAGUCGACUAUAAAGACUUGCUGAAGUACGAAGCAACUAUUAACGUGUCCACCGUCUUCGUCAACUUCUUUGAAACAUCGGCGUCCGACGUCGAAAACUUCUUGAACGUCGCGAAGAAGUUCCACAUCAGAAAACUCGCGUUUGAUAUCUCGGAGUUCGCGAAUUCGAUGUUCUACCAAAACUGCGGGUUCAUCGGAAACUUGCUCAGUGCGUGUUAUGAGAAGGGAAUCAAUGUCGACUUUGUCGUUAAUAGGUCUGCGUGGCUACUUUCAAAUAACUUUAAUGACUUCCUGAAUUUUGUGCAAAUUUCAAUUCACUUUGUGUUGUUUGUCCUAGUUAUUGAUUAUAGCAUGGAAUGA